AAUGACUUCAUAGCCUACAAUACAUACAUAGAUGAGUUAUCUAUGAUUUACCGGUUAAAACAAAAUUUUGAUUUACUGAACUAUGGACUGUGAAUUGCCCGAGAGCCUACCAUCUUGCCGAGCGGCAGGACUUCCCUCGAAGGAGGCACCAGUUCCUAUUAUCGUAGAAGGAAAGCCAAAAUUCAUUGGGAAGAAAAAAGAAGUUACGGAAAUAAGGGUAAAGAAUGAACUAUUUCACUGCGAUGCGGACGGACUUUCGAAUCUGGAUGAGCUGUCGGGCGAAGUAGGUGAUUCCACAGAAUGGACAACGCCAAGAUGGUUUCAAUUGGAUGAAAUACAGAAGGAGCUGAGUGGCUUGAAGCUCCGAGUAAGCCACCUGAACGGCAAAUUCCGUCUAGGUGUGCCCAAAUGUCCUGAUAUCGAGUCCUGCACGGAUAUUGGGUUGGAAGCUAGGAACAUAGACACCCAUCCCGAUAUCCUGGACCUUCAGCGCAACAGCCAAAAGUUGGUCCAGCAGCAGGCUCAGCUUGAACAGGUUAAAAGGGCUAGCGAUCAGGCCAUUACGCUUUUAAAGAACUCUAUCAGCCAAAAUAUGUGCUUUGUUAACAGCAUGCAAGGUUCGUUCGGGAAGUUAGACUGCUUCGAACGCAACUUGGAAUGGGAUCAGGCUCUGUGUCUGCAACGCUUUUGUUCUUUAAACCACCGGAAGCUUAGUAACGACUUCAGCAACUUGAACAAUUCAGUCACCUUCGAGAUGGAGGAGCCGUGUGCACUGAAACUCAGUCUGGAAAAGCUGAUCACAAUCAAAGAGUACACGGGAAAAAAAAAGCUGGCCACGCAGGUGAUCUUCCAGCUAAAGAGUGGCGCAAUUAACCUUCUUGAUUGCAUGACUAUGAGAAUUCAUACUCUGGAUGACCGUCUCUAUUAUCCCGAUCGCCAUCAGACGCUUAUGUCCUUCAUUGAGCGAAAUUCAACCCUGUUCACUGCAAGUGAAAGGCAUUCAUCCACGCGUCUUCAAGACCUAUCAGAUUAUAUGCGUCGCAACUCAUCGUUCUUCGAAAAUCGUACGGAAAAUCAUGAAGGGAAAAAUCGCGAAAGGCAAAAUCGAUCAAGGUAGUUGGAACAACUAUUGUCUGAAUUAACAAUGUUUGACAAGUUCAAGAAAACAUGCUCCAAGUGUAGACAUUUAUCAAUUAGAAUAACGUGACUUGUGUAAUUUCAGUCAAAUCUGCGAUUUUCAUUCGUAAUAAAUUCAUCUGGCAGCUAAAUAAAACCCAUAAUUCUUGUGUUGAUUA